AUGUUGCUAAAACCAGGCUACGCCCAGGGAUGUGCCAGAUCGUUCCGGAGGCUACUCAGCAGCAGCUUUGCUAAGUGUCAGCAAACGCCUCGAGGCGUGCCUGUGGAAGAGUUGGAAACUAGACCCUUGGUACCAGAAACCAACACUAAAACCACCAACACCGUACCCAGAAAUUUACGCUACACGAACUUGAGCAAAUACGAACUUGAAAGGCGAAGAGUGAUCCCCCUCUUGAGCACAUACUACGGGGGAAACCCUUACCACGAUCAGGUGAUGAGCUCGUUGAGCAGGCUUUUGCAGAGGCACCACAAGCUCCCCAGGAGAGUGCUUGACGAGAGGGAGAGCAAGGAGACACAGUGGAUCUCUUUUGAAGAGUACAAGGAGAAAGCACAGCUGGGGAGAAUCAAGGUGCGCCACUAUGAGGAGUUGGUGCUGAAGUUGAAUGAGUUGAGAGGCAUCCAGACAGAGCUCAUGCCUCAUGAUGUGAUAGCCACGUUGAAGGAGUUCACCAGAUCCACCAGCGACGAAAAGGUUGCAGCCCAGCGUUUCGUGAAGAUCUUGGACGAGUUUGGCAGAGCCAACACCGUAGGCAAGAGAAAAGACGCCGUGGCCAACAUAAGUAUGGUGAGAGGCGAGGGCUUGAUUCUUGUCAACGGCAAGGCCAUGACAGAGUAUUUCACUAGAGACAUUGACAGGGGAAAGCUUGUAUACCCUUUCCAGGUGGUUGCCCAGGAAUCCAAGUACAACAUUUUUAUUACGUGCCACGGAGGAGGCGUGAGUGGACAGGCCGAGGCCUCCAUGUACGGCAUUGCCAAAGCUCUUGUGGUGUUCAAUCCUAUGCUUAAGCCUAGAUUGAGAAAAGCAGGCUUGAUGACCAGAGACUCGAGAGUUGUCGAGAGAAAGAAGCCUGGCAAGGUCAAGGCCAGAAAGUCUCCUACCUGGGUUAAGCGUUAA